GAGAUAAACGGUUGAUAUCGCUACUUCAUUCAUCUUUGUAAGACUAUGACAUUGAGGUUUUAUGUGACAAGUAUUACGUCGCUGCCUCUCUUUUUUUUAUUGUUUGUUUGAAUUCGAUAUUUUCAAUAUUCGGAGGUCUUAAAAUUUUAACCAUUGGCAGUAUUUUAUAUGCAUUUGUGAUUUAGUGUGUUGAAUACUUUUGAACACAAAUAUAAAUCAAUUAGUCAGUUUUGUAUGUGAUACGUAAACUGUAAUCAGUAUGGUGAACAAAGGCAUGUUGCUAGAAGAACUGAAUCACGAAGAAGAGAAGCAAUAUGUUGGUGGAGUUAUAUUUGUUUCAAUUAUUAUGAUUAUUGGAAUAAUCGGUAAUUUGCACGUAUUUUUCGUCUAUACAUUCCGAAUAAAACCAUCAAAUCAUCGAAUUUUCAUUUUAUCAUUAGCUGUGUUAGAUAUGAUAACUUGUAUUGUCGGUAUGCCUUUCAUCAUUGUUGAUCUGAGAAAUCCGUUGACAUUCACGAUGGUAUCAGCCUGCAAAGUCUUACGAUUCGUCAACUAUUUCAUCUGUAUAUCAUCAGCCUUGAUCUUAACAGUCAUUGCAAUAGAUAGAUACCGAAAGAUAUGUGUUCCUCUUGGUAAACAGAUUUCAAGACGAAUAGCCAAGGUUUUGAUCUUGUUUUGUCUUGGAACAUCCAUGGUUCUAUCCUGGCCAGCACCAGUACUGUAUGGACAUAGUUCCGUUAAUACCACAAAUCCAAACAUUACAGGAGUCCGAUGCUUCACUGAAGAUCAAUUCAAUAAUACCAAAUUCCAAGCUUAUUUCAACGCAGUUUUAAUUUUACUUGUAUUUGUGGUCUUUGGUAUACUAUUAGUGUUGUACAGUCUUAUUGGAAGGGUUAUAUCUAAACAUACGACAUUUAAAGUUCCAGUUCCAGUUGCAACCAGUUCAGAUUCUCCCAAACAUAAAAUGACAGAUUCAACAGAUAACAGUUCUGAAGACAAGCCUGUUUUUAAAGGCGAAACUGUGAUGAAGAACAUAAAAAGAGCCAAUUUAAAGGAAAAUGAAUUGAUAGAUCUUCCCAUGGCUUCAACAGAUUCUUUAUCGGUUAUUGGAACAAAUCAUACACCUGGUAUACUUGAUAAGAAAAAACAUGAAAAGUCUAAGUUUGACAGAGCAAAACGGACUACGUUUAUGUUUUUUCUCAUCACUGCAUUUUUCUUCAUAAGUUAUUUCCCUCAUUUAACUCUGCAAAUCUUUGCAUUUGUUAAAACAGGGUUUGUGUCUAAUAUGUCCUUCAGUGGGAAAGUACUUUACAAUACUUUUCUUUGGUGUUUUUUCAUUAAUAAUACGUCAAAUUGUUUUGUUUACGGAUUUUGUGACACUCGAUUUAGAACAGAGGUGAAGAAAAUAUAUAACACACUUUUUUGUAGAAAAAGAUAGAAGAAAUGAGACGCUGGUAUUGAAUAAUCUUUUGUACCCUAUUAAAAAUCUUUGAAAAUCUUUAAGUUGUUCAGAA